AUAUUCAACGUAUUGUGUAAUUGUGAGGUAUGAAGUGCUGAUAUUUGUAAUGAACGAACUACCCCCUGUCAAAAAAUGGACCCUCCUCAUUGUUUUCUUCACAACAAAAAGAAAAACAAAACUUUCCGCCGAAUUAGAUCAUUUUGGCUGACAACUGGUGCGACUUGGUCCGGGCUGAGGCCGGGGAACAGUACACGUCACACCGCAGUACUGAGAGAUCCGAGACGGAGGAAAACUUUCCCAAACAUUCCAUCUUUGUCAUCUUCACUGCCGCUGUCCUACCGCAAUUUGAAUCUACUGAGAAAACGACUGGCGUCUGAGAAGACCACGAAAGAACGGGACCCAAGCCCAGGUGGUUUGCGGAGAGUUUGCUGCUGUAGAGAGAGAGAGAGGGAGGAAGAGACAGACGGAGCGGCGCCCGGUGUCAGGAUGCUCCAGGGACGGGACGGUGCCGUCAUGUUCUCGGCAAACGCCGACGCGACGUCCGCAGAAGAGAUAGAAGAUGUCGACGCCGAGCCGAGUUCACUGUUAGAGUUACAUCCGAGCGGUGCGAUCAUGGGGGCCCAGAACAACGCUUUUGCUCCUCUACCGGACAUCGACGCCUUCCUGCACAACACGGGCCUCAACAUAGACCAGAUCCAGCAGGGUCACGUGACGCCCGGAGACUCGCCAUCCCCCGAUCACGUGUCCGUCAAGUUCGAAGAACCGCGGUACUACUGUGCGGAGCAUGCGCAGGAAGGCGUCACUGGCCAAUCACAGGCCAUGUUCGUGGAUCACGUGGACGAGCAGGACCAGACGAUGUGGGAGGAGCAGCUACAGACGGUAGACAUGCACGAGGUGAGGAAAAACCUGGGCAAGAUGCAACCACUCAUCAUCAAGGAGGUCGUCAAGGACAUUGAAGUCGCCUGUAAACUCCUCAACAUCCCCUCCGAUCCCCACUACUGGACGGUGGAGCAUGUAGAAAAGUGGCUGUUGUGGACCCUCCACCAGUAUAGACUCCCUCCGCUCAACCUCGACUACUUCCGCAUGAGUGGCGUCACGCUGUGCAUGCUCAGCGAGGACGACUUCCGUUUUAGAGCGCCACGCUGCGGCGACAUCAUGUAUGCUCACCUUGACGUCUGGAAGACAGCGUCGCGGAUAGCAGGCCUACACAUUUUCCCAGAGAGCGAAGAAGAAGAUCUUGACAAAGACGACCUAUCAAGUCCAACCACAGUGAAAGAAGAGCGGACCUCUCCCCCUCCGUCUUGUAAUGGCGUUAAAGGCUUAACGGACCGACCAGCAAUAGGACCCAUAACGUCCAUGACUCCGAACCAUCAAGCGGGUAUCCACCUGUGGCAGUUCCUGAAAGAGUUGCUGCUCCAGCCCGAGUCCUACAGCCACUGUAUCCGCUGGAUAGAUAGAGACGCAGGCAUUUUCAAAAUCGAAGACUCGGUGGAGGUGGCUCGGCUGUGGGGUCUCCGGAAGAACCGUCCGGCCAUGAACUAUGACAAACUGUCCCGCUCCAUCCGGCAGUACUACCGCAAGGGCAUCAUCAAGAAGACGGACAUCUCCCAGAGACUUGUCUACCAGUUCUGUCAGCCCAUUGCAGGGGUUACGGUGAAGAAAGAACCUUAAAUUUCAUCAGGUUCACUUGUACAUAGACAACACGUUUAACGUCCAUGUUGUAGUUCCUCUAUGUUGAGAAGGAAAUGUUACGAUCGGAGAGCGCCUGACCAGAGGCUAUUUUAAAGCUGCACUCCGUGUGUUUUAAAGGGAAAGUCACUGUUUCCAAGGCAUGUGUUCACACUGACUCAAAGACGGAAAACUGCACAUUUUUAUCGGUCCUCUUUUCAAAUUAGAAUUUCUUUUUGGCGACGCUCUAGGGCCGGAAGCUUUUUACUGUGACAUACAAAAUGGCAACCCGGUAAUAUGGCAUACAGAUAAUGAAAUACGAAUACGAAUGUAAAUAUGUUCAACUAAGUUAGCAAGUCAAGUUAGCAUCCAACCUGAUGCGAACAAACACAUACAUCACCCACCCCCUUUAAAACCACGAGGUGCAGCUUUUACUGAUAAGUGUAAAAUUCAAGUGGCUGCUUUAAGAAACGUCAUAGAAGAGAAGGCAUAAAUGAGCAUGCGCGUCAGAGAAGGGAUCAUUGCGACUCAACGCGGUGAAACCAGCCCAACGAGGCAACACGCAUGCGCGGAAGGCAGCUACUAAUGCUAUGGCCAGAGUAAGUGACGUUAGGGCUAUACCAUUCAUUGCAAAAUGGUUCAGGGUAAGGUCUUUGAAGUGAGCUUUCGAUUCAUUUAGGAAUACUAAGCCUUCAUGUACAACUACAUUUACCCCUGAAUCUGGUAUUGGUAUAGCCCGUGACAUAACAGCAAAUUGAUGAUGUAAGAGAGAUUGGCCUCUGGUUUGUGACAUUUGAUAAAAGGCGCUACGUUUAUACUUGGGAGGCGGUUUUCUACCUUGGCACAAAGUGUACCUAUAUUUUUUGAUGGAAGAUACUUUUGUAAAACAAACACAUUCCAAAUAUAGAUGUAAACGUUACAAUGUUACAAAGUGCUCUUAUUCCCUAAUUCGAAGAUUAUGGUGAUAAAUAAUGGAGAACUUUAAAUGAAGGUUUCACUCUUAAAAUUCCAAGCCGACGAAGGGGUUGUCCCUGAAAACUACUGUAAGAAAACAUUAAACACAUUGUUUAGUCAAAGAUGGAACCAGGAUAUAUUCUGCGGGGCAGUUUUGUCAGCAGAUAUUCAGACAAGAAACUUUCGCAAUCUUACAAUUUAGAACGGUUUUCGGCACAAAUGUGUCAAUAGCCGUUGUCUGAAAACAAAACAAGCAUGAUCUUUACUAUGAGGAAGCUAUAGGGAUAUAUACUUUAUAAGAUACUCGAACUCUAUGCAAUGUGUUCGGAAAGAAAGCUUAUCAUAGUUUUGAGAAGAACAAUCAACUGAAAUGUAUGGCUGUAAAUAUUUCUAUAGAAUGUAAAAGUUACCUGCAUUAAUUUAUAGUUAGUCUGUGAUUCCUGGAUGUUGUUUAGUUCAUUGUGUUCACACACAAUGGUAGCUUUAUACAGUACAAAUGAACAUGUAAAUGGAAUCACUUUGAACAUAUACUGAAUACAUUGGUGGAACAAGUAUAUACAUUAUUGUAGGAACGAAUCCAUAUAUGUUAGUUACAUCUAGAUAAGAACAGAGAGCACAUGUAUAUACAUGUAUUAUUUUAUGUAUUGAGCGUCCAAACAAGCAACGUUUGGUGUAUUAAACUUUACUGAACUAACUUUA